AUGGCUUUUUACCAUUACGGUAGAGAGAACUUCCGUCUUUUUCCCCGUGAUCCUCAAAAGGCUCGCAUCGGCUACUUAUUAAACCCCGAGGCUUCCUUCUGUACUAAUUUCCAGACAGUCGAUAUACUGAACACCGAAAAUAAUAAGACAGCUCCAUAUGGACAGCUAGGCUAUCCUGUCCACGCCCACUGCUGGAUACUAGUGGGUCGCGUUAUUGGAUUUGGAUUGGUUGAAGCCAAUCUCAAGAUAUUUUUGAAGGCCAUUGAACAAUUUUGGACUAAAAACCCCGGGCUUUGGGAAAGGGCACCUUGGAAAAAUUGCGGGUAUGAAGCCGAUUCAGAUCCAAACCCAUCUCCGCAUUUCUCGGGAUACACAAGUGGACCCGAAACUAAAGGGGACGAUCCAUACACCUUGCCAGUGUGGGAAAACCCAACAAUUGUGCCUAGAGUUCAAGAAAUCAUUGAACAGGCUACUCAGAAUCAAAAGUUACUGGAAGAGCUGUUUCCGGUGGAUUGGCAACUUAUUGGACUUGCGACUGAGGAGCUCAUGGAAGAUCCUGACUGGGAGCUCAGCAUUGGGCUUGGAAACGGCUUCUUUGAAAUGAAUGGUUGGGAUUAUGAUAUUGUCAUGUUUCAAGAAAAUCAAAGCCAACUACCUGACAAUGCUGCGGCUGAUCCGGAAUUCCUCCACCGCCCAACAGCAGCAGCAGGAUGGUGGCAAGAGCCGAACAGCCACGUCCUCGGCUCUCGCGAUCUCGCUCGCCCGGAACAGGGCACCUGGAUGGGCGUGACGCGACAAGGGCGCAUCGCCGUGCUAACCAACUACCGUGAGACCGGUGUGCCCAUUGGCACCGUCAGUCGCGGCGCCAUCGUCAACAACUUUUUGACAGAGCAGCCCGACAGUAGUGAUACUAGCAAGCGAGAUACGCGGCAGUUUGUGGCUGAUAUGAUUGAGAGCCAGGUCGCCAAAAGGGCUGGCGGGUUCAGUCUCGUGUGUGGAAAACUGAAUGAGCCGUUGGCCAUUAUUUCGAAUCGUAUGGCAGAUGACGUUGAUCGGGUGACGUGGAUAGCAAAGGAAAAAGGGGAAACUGUUGGCCUCAGCAACACCGCUUUUGCCGAUAGGACAUGGCCGAAGAUUAUCAACGGCGAGAAGCUGAUGAAGCGCACCAUCGACGCGCAUGCUGCAGAACCAGGAGAAGGGGAAGAUGACUUGAUCCGUCGCUUGUUUGACGUGCUUAGCACGGACACGCUGCCCCGACUAGGAUGCGAGCCGGUCAAGGAGGAAUACCAGGCACUGCUCAAGCAGUCGAUUUUCAUCCCGCUGCUCGGAGACCGCGCCAAGUUUGAGGCGGAGAUGGCGCAUCUCCAACAGUUGGGGUUGGCCGGGUAUACGUCGGGAUUGUAUGGCACGCAGAAACAGACUGUGCUGCUGGUUGAUCCGCAGGGAAGAGUCAAAUAUGUCGAGCGGACGCUGUAUGAUCAACAGGUCCAGCCUAUUCCGCUGGGGAUGGGAGACAGGGUGUUUGAGUUUAAUAUAGAAUGA